AUGCCAUUGGCUUCAUUUCCGUCUGCUUUCAAUCUCACGGAACUAAUAUAUAGAUUUAGCCACAGCUAAAAGCGAAGCUCCAUUAAUAAUUUAUAACUUAAAUCAAACAAUAAUUUUGUAUUCCACAAAUCAGUUAACUUAAGGGCACAUACAUGUGACUUUUGAGGGAAAAGCUUAGUGAUUUUGGAGUGAAAAAAAUCUUGUAGCGAGUUAAUAUAGCCUUAUUUGUACACCAAAAAAAAAGUCUUCGGUCACAUUUAAGAGCAAUAAUGGCUCUUGACACAGUAGAUAAGGUGUGGAAAACAAAUUCUUGGAAAACUAAUCAGGCCGAAUUGUUUGCGUUCGACAAGUGUACAAAUUCUUGCCAAUAAAUCUGGGUGCGUGCAAACCAUUCUUUUAUUUUUUUUAUACAUCACAUCUGAGGAGAAAGAGUACUAUGAGGCGCUGUUUUUAUCAUGCAGACCUCGUACAAAAUGCAGUAUUUCCAAGAAAAAUUGCAUUCAUUCAAUACUCAGGACCAUCGAAGCAUGCGUGGACUUUUAAUUAGCGAAAACUUUCAUGUCCAAAAUAACCUAUACGGCCACCCGGUUCUAACUUUUGACAAGCACCAAAUCUGCCAAGAAAUUUUAAAAGAGUUACGCUUCAACGUGAUAAAGAAUUUAAUGAGUCUAUUUUUUAUGAACGGUUUUAUAACCAUGUGUAAUCUUAAAAAGCAUUUGAUACGCUUGGCAUUUUGGGUACUCCUGCAAGCGAUGUUUAUGAACACCUGAAAACAAACGGCAAAGCGAUGAAAAUUACACUUUUUGAGACUACCAACAAUCAAUAAAGAAAUAUAAUUCGGUAGAACAUUAACAGAGACAACAAUUUUCAUUCACGAAAACAAAUGAGUAUUUAGGUGUCUCUAAGAAUCCUCAAGUCUUUACUAGUAAGCUUAAAGAUUAAGGUUAUGUUUUAAGCUGCCGGUUUCCCGGUGUUUGCUUUUUUCAAAGAUGAACUCACGACAAGAAAAUCGCUCAAAGCUUUCUUUCUACAGCCAAGUACAGCCAAAAUUAUAACUAAAUAUUCUUCGGAAAUUUUUUCGUUCUAUUUACGGUGAAUUAAUAUCGACUAAAGGCUUUUUAAAGUUCUGUAAGCUUAAGCUUAUAUCAAACCUCAUACUAGGUCAGAUCAGUGUCUCAGUCAAAUCUUAAUACAAACGUGCAUAAACUAGCUUCAUAAACUGUGCCACUGGACUUCAUGAAAUUAGAUAUAAAUACAAUAAUUACUCAGGCUUACCAUAUUUUGAGAUGCAGCUCCUGAAAGCUAGCAAGAAAGGCAAGGAUCGCUUGAGCCUUUAUAAUUCUCGUACGCAUCCAGCAAGGUGAAAAACAAAAACGAUGCCAACCGAAAUCGGAUUAUCGGCUUUGACAAGCGACGCAUUUCUCAACCAAAAACCCAAUAAGCAAACCAGCCAUGAAUAAGAGAACACUCUUGAUAGCAGCUGUAUUUCAUUUUUUACAUCCAGUGGAAAAAGACAGUUAAAAACAUCACAAGAUGACUCAAAACUCUGUCAGCUUCAGCUGUCAAAGUAAACAACUUUCAAGAUGCUGCAUAAAUUUUACGCAUGAACUCACCUGUCAAAUUUUAACCAAUCAGAGCAUAAAAAUUGGACGUGGAGCGUGACCAACACAUGACCAUGGUUAGAAAAGGUCUUCCCCGCCUGUAUUUUAAAAAAACUGGCUGAAUUUUUGUGUCUGCGGCCAGUUUGAAAUCAAAAUCGUUAUAGUGCUGGGCGAUACUGACAUAAACACAACAUAUUUGAUAUGAAUUAAAAAUAAAAAAAAGUAAGCGUGAGCCUGCGAUCAUUUGAAAACGAGUAAAUUGUCAGCGGAUAACUUCCAAAAAAUACUCGACCUUGAUGGGUCGACACCUGAGCCCGCGAUACGGUCAAGUGAUACUGGUCAGCAGAUACCCUGUUUUGACAGCUGUCAAUUGAUGACGAGAUUGAUGUGCAAUCAGCUUUCUCCUGGGCUCCCAAAGUAGCUAGAAAGUGUAAGAGUAAACAUUGGUAUGCCUGUGGUGCGGACGGACGGGCAGCGGGCGGGCGGGCGGGCGGUGUACGGUCAGGUGAUUACCAAAUUUUCUGGGAUGGGUAGAUUUACUUACCCAUGGUGCUCCGCAGGCGCGCUUCGCGCGCCAGAGCUCCGCUAAAGAAAGGCUUCUUUCCUCACAAAUUCAAUUUGCCACAUCACCAAAAUUACGUGGGCUCUAUCCCUGGCAUUGAGUUUUUUGACCCCGAUGGAAUGUCUGAAAAGAAAAAGAAAGAAUUGGAAGAGUGGCACGCUGACCAAGUACGAGGCGGAUUGCAAUAUGACUUUGCCCGGGAGAUGGAGGAGUAUUGCAAGUCGGACGUGGCUCUCCUACAAGCUGGUUGUGAAGCCUUCACCAAAGAAUUCGUGAGUCACGCCGACUUCAAUCCCUUUGAAAAAUGCAUGACCAUCGCCAGUGCCUGUAAUUUGUACUGGCGCAAGCAUUGCCUCCAAGAAGCUACUAUUGCCAUGGAACCACUCAAAGGAUGGCGAGGAGCCAAUGUCAACCAUUCCAUGAAAGCAUUGCAGUGGUUAUACUACAAAGAGCAUUGCAUCCCCAAGCAGGGUGUCUGCCCGGAUCGAAUAAGGCAUGUGCGAAACGGGGGUGAGCAGAGUGUAACCACUGCCACAGAUUCUUACUUUGUGGAUGGGUACGAUCCCCAGACCAACACGGUUUACGAGUUUCACGGAUGUUUCUUUCACGGUUGUCCCGAAUGCCAUCCCAGAAACCGUCACACCAAACACGCCGUCAACCCGGAUCGUACCAUGGAAGAACUCUGGAGGGCUACUCAGGUCAAAGAAAACGCUCUCUGCAACCAUGGUUACAACCUCGAAGUCAUGUGGGAACACGAUUGGGACAAGUUGUGCCAACACGACCCUAAUGUUAACGAUUUUGUGACCACCUUGCAGCUAGUGGAACCACUACAACUGAGAAAUGCCUUUUUCGGAGGGAGAACCGGUGCCGAGGCCCUACGCGCGGUGGCCUCUGAAGGGGAGGAAAUUCGAUAUGUCGACGUGACCUCCCUGUAA